AUGUAUUUAGGAGUUAUUGUUAAACGUGAUAAUUCAUCUGAGAAAGAGGAAUUGAUCAAAGGCAAAGAAGUAAUAUUAUCAGCAGGCACAAUAGGAAGUGUUCAAAUACUUCUUCUAUCGGGAAUUGGUCCACAAAACGAAUUAGAAAAGCAUAAAAUACCUUUGAUCGUUAAUCUGCCUGGAGUUGGCAAAAAUUUACAAGAUCAUUUGAUGACUCCUCUGUUUUAUCUAAGUCGACUACCAACACUUUCAAAUCGUGAUGCAACAGUAGAGAACCUAGAACUUUGGAAACAUGAAGGAAAAGGACCUUUAGCAUCAGGUGUUGGUGGAUCACAAGCUUGGUUCCAAGUGGAUGGAAAUGACAAAACACAAUAUCCCGACAUUCAACUACUUUUUUGUUCAGUGACAGCUGAUGCUAAUUUGUGCCGACUUUGGAACUUUAAACCAGAAGUGUAUGAGAAAUAUUUGAAGCCAAAGUUUUGUGAAGAUCAACAAUGUACUGUGAUUGCUCUUCCUGUACUUCUUCAUCCAAAAUCAAGAGGAGAAAUAACUCUUGCGAGCGAUGAUCCUUUCGUACAUCCAAUUAUUGAUCCGAAUUAUUUAGAAGACAAAGAAGAUGUUCGUAAAUUAAUUGAAGCAUGUAAAAUAACUGAUCAAAUUUGUAAAACUAAACCGUUAAAUAGUGUACUUGAGCUGAUGAUGGAUGACAGAAAUGAAAAUACGACAAGUGAAAAUCAAGAUCAAUUUUUGGAAUCGUAUAUUCGAAAAUAUAGUCUUACAGCUUACCAUCCUAUUGGUACGUGUAAAAUGGGCAAACAAGAAGAUCCAAUGGCGGUUGUAACUCCUGAUACGCGCGUUAAAGGUGUAAAAAGUCUGCGUGUUGUAGAUGCAAGUAUUAUGCCAACGCUUGUCUCCGGUAAUGCGAAUAUUCCAACUAUUGCAGUAGCCGAAAGAGCAGCAGAUUUAAUUAAAAGCAAUUCUUAA